AUGAGUGUUAAAAUCAAAUUAGUUUUAUUCGUUAUUUUAGCUAUUAGUGCUAGUGUUAUUGGACAAGAUGCUAUCAUAAACGAAGAAGAAGAAAGAACUGUAAGUGACGUUGAAGCUAAGAUAGAAGAAGGAGUAGAGGAUGAGCAACAAGUGAACGUGGAAGUGUUGGAAGGAACACAACCUGUCGAAGUGAUAUCAGAUUCGGAUACAUUGCAAGUGAGAAAUGGAAAGUAUCAGAUGUCCGAUGACACAGUGGAUGGAGCGGUUCCCGAACUUACCGCCAUAGAUUUCGAUUCAAACGACAUGCAAAAUGAAAGGCAGGUGUUGAAUCCGAGCACAACGGCCAGUACAAACACCGAAUACGCUCACAUCGAUGGCCGCGUGCUGCCCUCCACCACGUACCAGAACAACGGCCAGCCCUACGUGAUCACUCAACAGAGGCUCAAUCAGAUCCGCUCGAACUUCCUCUACUGGUUCUACGACCAAGGCGGCAACGAGAACAUCGGCGACUACCAGCGCGACAUACACACUUCGACGCCCCAGAUCCACAAGAACUUCAACUUCCAGCUACCGUUCUUCGGGUUUCGUUUCAAUUAUACCAGGCUGUCGAUGAACGGUUACAUUUACUUCAGCGACCCACCGGACCACUACACGUAUCCACUGUCGUUCCCCGUUCGGGACUGGCCGACGGUCAACGACCCCUCCUUCAUCGGCAUCUUCUUCAGCAAAUGCCGCAUCGGCAGCCAGAGACCCGAAGACCCCGACCAAAGACGACCGGGCGUAUACUUCAGGAUGGACAGAGACUUGCAGACACGUACGGAUCAACUGGGAGUGGAAAUGAGGGAAAGGCUUACGUGGGACAUCCGUCAAGGUGUCAUAGGUUCAGAAACCUUUUUCCCUAAACACGCCAUCACGAUAACAUGGAAGAAUAUGUCCUUCGCCGGCGGCAUAGACAACUCCUUGUUUGUGACGAAUACGUUUCAAAUGGUGCUUGCAACCGAUGAAGUGUUCACGUACGCGAUUUUCAACUACCUCGAGAUAAACUGGAGCUCGCACACUGAGGCUGGCGGUGACACCACCACGGGCGAAGGCGGGGUGCCAGCAUAUAUUGGUUUUAAUGCCGGAAACGCAACACGGAGCUACGAGUAUAAGCCAUACUCUCAGGCGUCCGUACUUAGAGAUCUUACCGGACGUGGUUGGGCGAACGGUUUUCCUGGAAGGCAUAUCUUUAGGAUCGACGAAAAAAUAUUGAUGGGAACGUGUAAUAAAGAUAUCGACGGCGCCAACCUGCCGCUGAUGUUCGCGCCGGAGAGCGGCAACAUGCUCGGCGGCACGAUAGUGAACAUCACCGGCCCCUGCUUCAACCCCAACGACCGCAUCACGUGCCGCUUCGACACGGAGGCGGUGGUCGGCGCCGUGGUGGACGUGAACCGGGCCAUCUGCGUGCAGCCCCGCUUCUGGCACAACGGCUACGCGAGAUUCGAGAUCGCGAUAAACAACGAGCCCUACAAGUGGAAGGGGAGAUUCUUCGUCGAAACACCGGCGACUGCGACCGAGAAGAUAUUCUUCCCGGACAACGCGAUACACGAACGCAGCCCGCGCGAGAUAAGGAUCACGUGGGACCGCUUCAACCUGACCUCCAACCUGAACGUCCAGCUGCAGAUCAGCCUGUGGGGCUACAAGGAGAUCACGAUCAGGCCCCAGCUGGAGUACAUCGACGUCAUCGAGAGCGGCGUCGCCAACACCGGCGAGUACAUCAUCAACCCCGAGAACUUCCGGAACAGGGACAACAUAAUGCACAACGACAUGCAGUUCGGUUUCAUACAGAUAAAUCUGACCACGCCCGAGGUAUUCAAAGGCGUCUCCAUAUCACCGAUCCUAUGGAGCCGGCCGAUACCUCUAGGCUGGUACUUCGACAAGCAAUGGGAGAGGCUCCACGGCCAACGCUGGCCAAUGUCUAUGUGCAAUAACUGGCUGAGGACGGAUCGUUUCCUCAAGAACUUCGCCUCCCAAGUCUGGAUCUGCCCCUGCACUCUUGAACACGCGCUGCUCGACAAGGGGCGGUUCAUGCCCGACUUGGACUGCGACAAGGACACCAAUCCCACGUGUAGAUACCACUGGGGUGGUAUUCACUGUGUUAGAAGUGGUGCCCCGAGCGCGGAGGGAUCAGGACAACAGUGCUGCUAUGACAAAAACGGCUUCCUUAUGUUGUCUUACGACCAAAUGUGGGGCUCGCGACCUCAAAGAUCCCACGACUUUGGAUUUACGCCCUAUAACGAAGCCAACAAGGUGCCAUCAUUGUCCCAUUGGUUCCACGAUAUGAUUCCCUUCUAUCAAUGCUGUGUGUGGCAAGAAGAGCAAGCUGUUGGUUGCGAGACCUUCAGGUUCGAGCGUCGACCUUCACAGGAUUGCGUUGCUUAUCAGUCGCCAGGAGUUGCGGGAAUAUUUGGCGAUCCUCACAUUAUAACAUUCGAUGACCUACAAUACACCUUUAAUGGCAAAGGUGAGUACGUGCUGGUGCGAGUGGACCAUCCACAGCUGAAGCUAGACGUCCAAGGACGUUUCGAACAAGUGUCUAGGAAUAUAUACGGUCCGGUGAACGCCACGCACCUGACUGCUGUAGUGGCAGCUUCGAACAACUCUGUACCAAUCGAGGUUCGCCUUCGACCUCAGCAUGCCCAAUGGAGAUAUAGACUUGACGUAUUCGCCGACAACAAAAGGGUCUACUUCGAUCGACCGUCUCUUAGAGUACAGUAUUUCCCUGGUGUAACCGUAUACCAGCCAAUGUACAUCCUGAAUCAGUCUGAAAUCGUCAUUAUGUUCUCAUCCGGUGCCGGAAUUGAGGUUGUGGAGAACAAAGGCUUUAUGACGACAAGAGUUUAUCUACCCUGGAAUUAUAUGAACCAAACUCGAGGCUUGUUUGGCAACUGGUCUUUGGACCUCAACGAUGACUUCAUGCGCCCUGAUGGCACCCUGGUCACGGUUGACAUCAAUAACUUCCAGUCAGCUCACAGGGACUUCGCUCAACAUUGGCAACUGACUGAUCGCGAACAGAGGGACAUUGGCGUGGCGAUGUUCGUUAGGGAGUACGGCAGAACCGCCGCUUACUACAACGAUAAUCAGUUCGUACCGAACUUCAUACGCGAGCCCGCCGAUUUUCUACCGGCCAACAGGUCCCAUGAUGUCGCCAGGGCUAUCGAAAUAUGCCAAGACUCCUACCAAUGCCGAUACGACUACGGCAUGACCCUUAACAGGGACAUGGCCGAGUUCACGAAGAAUUAUCUAUCCUCGCUCACAAAUAUCAAGGAGCAAAACGCACGGCGCGUCAUAAGUUGCGGGAUAUUGGAAACCCCGCGUUUUGGAAGGAAGAGCAAUUUCUUCUUCACGCCGGGAACUAGGGUGAACUUUGAAUGCAACCAAGACUUCAUCCUGAUCGGUGACAAUCGACGUGUUUGCGAGGACAGCGGCCGGUGGAAUCUGCCCGACUACGGCUACACAGAGUGCCUUCGUAACCAAGAGUACUCACAACGCGCUCUGUUCUUGACUUGGGGCAUCAUCGUAGCGGUUAUUCUACCAUUAGGCCUCCUUAUUUGCCUCCUCUGGUUCUGGUGUUGCUACAAACCGAAGUCCGAGGGCAAGGAGGCAUUCCGCUUCGAGAACAUUCCACGAUCGAAAUCCGCCUCUCGGCUUAAUCUAAGAUCACCGUCAAUGGGAAAUAUCACAGACACGAUGAAAUCGUCGACGUUACGUAGCCAGGGCUCUGACGAGAAGCCCAAAUUGCCCGACACGCCUACAGACGAGACCCCCGCCAAGGCAAACGUUUCCCGAUCCGCCCCGCCUCCCCCUAUGGACGGAGAAAGCUCAGGCCUAGGUUAUACUGACUCGAACAAGAGCGACUCCGGAAAGUCCGACAAGUCCUCCUUGCCGAAAAAGCGGCGCGCUUACGACAAGACCUAUCGCACUAACGAGCCCUUGCCCAAUGCGCCCGAGGUCGAGUUCCCCGAGAAGCCGUGGGACCUCUCCGAGGAGGACCUGCUCUCAAUAACCUCACCGUCCGACUCCGAGUCGAAUCGCGAGUCGACUCUCACCCGCCCCGCCAAAGACAUCGAGUACGUGAGCAAGCCCCGCCAAACGGGCCGCCACGCGCUCCCGAGCGACUCGGGCUACUCGACCAAGGACGGCUCGGAGGACCCCUACGCGCCCAAGUACGGGGGCCAAUACAGCCCCACCUCGUCCCACUACUCGCCGACUUACUCGGAAAUAUACUCGCCCCCCAUCAGUCCCACCUCGGACAUAAGCCCUCGGAACACUUACAACAACCCCGGCUUGCCGGACGCCCCUAAAAGCGCACCGCCCACCGAAAUCAAAACGUUCACGAUGCCCCCACAGAGAGGGAAGUCCGUGGAGACGCUCAUUGAUCCCCCAGGCGCCGAGGCCCCCACUUUCAGCAGCCGGUCGACCAUGGUG